GGAGGAGUCGUUGUGCAGACUUCGGUCGGCGAGUUUGUAUCCCCAUUUCUCUCCCUGAACGUUUUGCCUCAGGAGGAGGAAGGCAGCUUCGGAAAGCCGGGGGACGUCGAGGACAACGAUCCGCAAACCAAUACGCCUUAUUCCUUUCCUGAAAAUCAGUUCCAGAAAAACGACAUUGUGUUGCUGCGCGUGGUCAGAAAUUGUAUGGUCGAGGAAAGUACAGAGGGGCCUCUUGUCCCCAGGACGCCAGCACCACUUACAAAUUCGCCUUGCAGGAGCCCCUCUGCGUCAUCAUCAAGGAGUGCUGGGACCACAACCAACAGCAUGUGCAUAAAUGUUUUAGCACGCGUACUGCGGAAAGAAAAUGCAACAUCAGGAGGGAUUUCAGGUACAGUAAAUGCUGAUCGAGGGGUCGCCGUGUCCAGGAACAAGUCUGCACACGUCGCAGGUGGUGUCAACAUGUUGCCACAGAACAUCAGAACCGGUAGGCUCUACGUGCAGUUGCUAGAUGAAUCUUCUUCGCACCAAGACCACGUUCUUCUGAAAGGUCACAGAAGCCGAGAUAAUACGGAAGUUUUACAUGAGCACAGAACCCCCGGAUUACAACUACAACUCCCGGUAGAAGAAGCAAAUAGUUCUUUAUCCCUCGACCAGAUAUUAUCCUCCGCUGCUGCACAGGGAGAUGAAAUUAGCGACGAGGAGGAGGAGGAUCGAAUAUCGCUUUUCGGCAGCUCGUGCUUUUCCGACACAGCAGUAGACACGCAAAAAAUUAGAAUACAACAUACCCCAUCAAAAGGUACUACCGUAAGAGUCGAGGUCCACCCUCUUUCGUCGGAAACCACGGCCGCGCGACAGGUGGCUGCGCUGCGCGCCGCGUGUUUGAACGUGCAAAGCUACAAGCGAAUGACACUGGAAAUGAGUUGCGUAGGUUGGGGAGGGGGCUCGUCCGGUGGGGGUUCAGCAGGUGUAGGACCAGGAGUUGCGGAGCACGAUAAAUGCAGUGCGGGAGCUUUACUUUCGUCGUCCAGGAAUACGAGGGCUACACUCCCGUUCGCGGAACAGCAAAAUUUGAUGCAACUCCAAUACGAUCGCCGGUUUUUGCACGAGGUAAUGUUCUUGCGUCAAAGCAAUAACUACAGUGUAUCAGAGGAACACAGUGCGCCUGAUGGUUCAUUAAGAACUCCUGCUGCCGGGACGGGGACCACAGGGAAUAAAGACGAAGAAGCAAAUGCAAAAAAUAAAGCCUGCGGAGGUCGUUUCUCACCGCACUUGAAGACGUCGUCUCGCAAGCCAGACCGGUCAUCAAGUUGUAGGGUGCGAAAGGUGUUUGGACCGCCCGGAACGGGAAAAACCUGGACAGCGUGCACGACUGUGCAGGAAUGGAAAAAUCAAGAUCUUCAAGAAGGAUUCGGACAAAACCUACAACCGGAUAACAUAGACCACUACCAAGUAUCGCCUGCCGGCGAAAGAGGACACCAGCAGAGAAACAACAAGAAGAUUCUGUGCGUCGCCGACAGCAACGUUGCGGCCGACAACUUUUACCACCACUUGCGAACCCAUCACAACAUCGGGGCAUUGCGGUUUCGCUCCAUCAACUCGGCGCCGGAAGAACUACAGCAAGCGGUUUUGGUUUUACCUGACAAGAAGCACAAGGGUGCAUCCCAGGCGAGUUCCACGAUGCGACUCAGCUCCUUUCCUCGCAAAAUAAAUGCAAAAAAUAAGUCCUACGCCCAGAAGCUGCAGGAGUGGCGGAAUGAAAUCGAAAACGUCCAGGUCAUUGUGACCACUUGCUGCGGAGUCGGACACCCGGUUUUUGCAAAUGUGUCUUUUCCGCGUGUGAUCAUCGACGAAGCCACGCAGUUAUCCUGUGCAAAAGUAUCGUACUCGUAGUAAUUGCAUUUAUGCAUUACAAAUCUCGUUCUCAAGGUAAAUCAGCAUUACAAAUCAAAUUUGUAAUGCUGGGCUGAUUUGUAAUGCAAUUUAUACUAGUACGAUACUUUUGCAGUUCAUAGCAGUCCACGGAGCUGUCCACCCUGAUUGCGCUGGGUAGAAAUUGCAACGAUCUGGUUCUGAUCGGAGACCCGAUGCAGUUGCCACCGACCGUCUUGCUGCAAGAAAAUGUCGUUGUUUCUGAGCAGCUGCAGCCAGCUUCGCCGCGCAGAGGAGGGGCAGGAGUUGUAUCCGACAGACUUAGCCUCGCGACGACUCUUUUCGACAGACUUGUGGCGGUAGAACAUGAACGACCGGCCGGGUCUACUAGAAGUAGUAGUGCCCGUUCUGGAGAAAUAGAUUUUUCCUCCGCUGGUUGUAAUGAUACUGCGCCGCGAGGACCUUCUGUUGAAGUGACGGAACUAGUGACGCAGAGACGCAUGCACCCGGACAUCCUGAAGUUUCCAAACCAGUGCUUCUACGGAGGAAGCCUGAGGUCAGCUGAAGAUGUUGAUGACAAGGGUAGUUGUAAUCCUGAUGUGCUAGGAGCAACAAGCAGCUGCUGCCAGGACGAACUUUUAGAGCCUCAGGAUGUUGACGAGCCUCAGGAUACUAGUAGCACAAGUGAGAAUAAAACGGCGCAAGUGCUGGCGCUUCCGACAACCACGUCGUGUAGUUCAUCUUCCAUCAGCGACGCGGACGACUGCAAAAUGUACUGCGACAUGAAAGAACCGCCUUUGAAGAUGAAACGAGGUGACCUACCUGAUGAAACGACAUCAAGAACGACCGGCACGUUUUUACAACGACCUGAGGUGCAAGAGCAAUCUCUUAUUAACCGUGUGGCCUUUGUGGACUCCUGCUCUUCGUGUGAAAAAUUUUUUUCUCGAAAGGACAUCAACGGCGACACCGGCAGCGAUAAUGUAGUUGAGACUACAACUUUUGGUUUUAUUGCUUCUCGGAAAAGCGAGCGCAAAAAACUACAAAAAGCCGACCCUGACUGCAAAGAGACGGAGGACGCGACGACGACCUUGUUCCAAGAAUCCGUCGACCUCUAUGGCGUUCUCAACUGUUACAUUCUCAACUGUUACACGGAUUUGCCAUGCAAAACUACCUAAAACCUCCAGAUGAUCCAGCGGCCACGCAUGACAAACCUCCGAAGGGCUAAACAGGAACUAAAUCUCUGCCAAAUCUGUGAUGCGAAAGCAGCAAUCUUGCCUCUUCGGUUGUUGCUGUUCUUGCAUGACAAAUUUCAUGUAACAGUUGAGAAUGUAACGUUUGAGAACGCCAUAACCUCCACACAGGCAGUAAGAAAAACCAAGGCGAAGCACGGAUAGUCGUGCAAUACGCCAGACUGUUGGUGGAGAGAAUGGACGAACUUGGACUUGUUACAGCGGUUGCUGGUAGAAUCGCGAUUCUCACCCCUUACGUAGCACAGCAGCAGUUGAUUCAAGGUCUCCUGCUGCGUGAAGAGCAAGAAGCUGCAGAAGAAGUACCGAAAAACAAGAAAACGAAGAUCUCGUCAAAAAUCACCUGCUCCACCAUCGACGGCUUUCAGGGCUCGGAAGCAGACAUCGUCUUGCUUUCUCUCGUGCGUACGAAAAGAUUGGGAUUUCUGACGGACAUAUCGCAAGAAAAAACUGUUUCACUGUGAACUUGUGAUGCAGAGAACGAAGCACCAAGGUGUUCGUCUUGCUACACCUGCAUAGAACAUUGGAGUUUCAAGCGUGUUUUAUUCCCUUCGGAAGCGCGCAUGGCAAGUUUUCCGCGUCAUGUGUAGCAAACUUGUGAUGCAGAUAUUGCAAAAUCAUCACAGUGAAACAGUUUUUUCGUGGGAUAGGACAAAAGAAGGAUGAACGUGGCUCUGACAAGGGCGAAGGAGAUGGUGGUCGUGUUUGGGAACAGAGCAUUGUUGAUGGGGAAGAAUGAAGACACUGUGCGCGGUUGCGUGGUGGAACAAGAGUCUGACAACGGUGAAGCCGAAGAAAAAGAAGCUACGAGCAGCUGCACCUCGGCCUCCACUACGGCGCCGUGGCGAGAGUGGGUUGCUCAGUAUGGCGACUGCCGGCCGCCGUUCUUGCAGGAUUAGUAGCUACGAGUUGCAUGCAACGUUCCACAAAAAUAUUUUCAACAGGUUGAUAAAUUGAUAAACAUGAGCGUGGUCGUUUCUGUGCUUUUUGUUUUCGACUUUUAAGUAGGCCAGCACAGAGAUGUAAACUUCGAGGAAUAUUUCGGAUGCGUGGCUCUAUUGGUAAUUCUGAAAACCAAGAACCUGUAUGAUAAUGAUUCGAGUAGGACGACCAACACAAUGAAUGGAGGUUGUAAAUCAAUAAACGUAGUAGAGCUUCUAAAUGAAUAAAACAGAAU